AUGAGAAUUCACACUGGAGAGAAACCAUUCACUUGUGAUCAGUGUGGGAAGAGUUUCACACAAUCGUUAAGUCUUAAGGUACACAUGAACAUCCACACUGGAGAGAAACCAUACAAGUGUUCACAUUGUGACAAGAGAUUCAGUCGGUCAGGACACCUGAAGAAACACAAGGUAGUCCACACUAGAGAGAAACCACACACGUGUGAUCAGUGCGGGAAUAGUUUCUCACAAAAAACAAGCCUUAUGAUACAUAUGAGAAUUCAUACAGGAGAGAAACCGUUCACAUGUAAUCAAUGUGGAAAGAGUUUUGCAUACUUAGCAAACCUUAAGGUACACAUGAACAUCCACACUGGAGAGAAACCUUAUAAGUGUUCACACUGUGACAAGAGAUUCAGUCAGUCAACACAUCUGAAAACACACCAGAGAAUCCACACUGGAGAGAGACCAUACACAUGUGAUCAGUGCGGGAAGAAUUUUGCACGGAAAGGAAUCCUUAUGACACAUAUGAAAGUUCAUACAGGAGAGAAACUGUACACAUGUAAUCAAUGUGGAAAGAGUUUGAAAUGCAAAUAUAGUCUUGAGCUUCACAUGAGAGUUCAUACUGGAGAGAAACCGUACACUUGUGAUCAGUGCGGGAAUAGAUUCACACAAUCAUCAUGCCUUAAGAAACACAUGAGCAUCCACACUGGAGAGAAACUGUACUCAUGUGAUCAAUGCGAUAAAACAUUUUUGAGGGCUUCAGUCCUAAAGAAACACUUGAGAGUUCAUACAAAGGAGAAGCCACAUUCAUGUUAUUUGUGUGGAAAGAGUUUUUCAUUUCUACAAAAUUUAAAAGUGCAUCAGAAAAUACAUACUGAAAGUGAAGAAAGUGAGGAGAACGAAGAAUUGAGUAAAGAUGAGGAGAAACAUCAAGUCAAAACUGGAGAAAAACCUUCGAGUUGCUCUCAACCCAAACAGAAUGAUUUAAAGAAAAGAGGGGCCAAGAAAUCUUUUACAUGCACUCAGUGUGGAAAGAGUUUGACAAGCAAAUAUGGUCUUGAUGUUCACAUGAGAAUUCACACUGGAGAGAAACCAUUCACUUGUGAUCAGUGUGGGAAGAGUUUCACACAAUCUCUUGAGCUUCACAUGAGAGUUCAUACUGGAGAGAAACCGUACACUUGUGAUCAGUGCGGGAAUAGAUUCACACAAUCAUCAUGCCUUAAGAAACACAUGAGCAUCCACACUGGAGAGAAACUGUACUCAUGUGAUCAAUGCGAUAAAACAUUUUUGAGGGCUUCAGUCCUAAAGAAACACUUGAGAGUUCAUACAAAGGAGAAGCCACAUUCAUGUUAUUUGUGUGGAAAGAGUUUUUCACGUUUUUCAAUUUUGAAAGUGGAAGAGUACAUGUGCUUUGAUUGUGAAAAGACUUUUACUUCAGCGACCUGUACAAAACUGCAUGAGAGGAUCCACACUGGAGAGAAACCUUACAAGUGUUCACACUGUGACAAUAGAUUCAGUCAGUCAGCAAAUCUGAAAACACAUGAGAGGAUCCACACUGGAGAGAAACCUUACAAGUGUUCACACUGUGACAAGAAGAUAUUCAAUAGGUCAGGAGACCUGGAAACACAUGAGAGGAUCCACACUGGAGUGAAGCCUUAUAAGUGUUCACACUGUAACAAGAGAUUCAGUCAGUCAGCACAUCUUAAAAUACAUGAGAGGAUCCACACUGGAGUGAAACCUUAUAAGUGUUCACACUGUGACAAGAGAUUCAGUCAUUCAUCAAAUCUGAAAACACAUGAAAUGAUCCACACUGGAGAGAAACCUUACAAGUGUUCACACUGUGACAAGAUAUUCACGGACUUGCGCACUUUAAAACGGCACCAGAUGAUUCACACUGGAGAGAAACCGUACAUGUGUUCACACUGUGACAAGAGAUUCAGUCAUUCAACAAAUCUGAAAAGACACCAGAGGAUCCACACUGGAGAGAAACCGUAUCACUGCACUGCAUGUGGGAAGCGUUUCAAUCGUUCUUCUGCUCUACACAGGCAUACAAAAAACAAUCACAGUAAGAAGAUCAUCUUCAGAUCCAGCUCUUUCAACUCUGAUGCUGCGUCCUCACCAAAUGUGACACAAUAAUACAUCAAACAGUAAAAUAUCAUCUGGAUAAAUCUGUCCUAACAAGACAUUACAAGCGACAUGACAAAGAAACAUUAUCUAA